AUGACCCAGGUGCUCACGGGACACGGCGUGUUCGGCGAGUACCUGAGGAGAAUCAGACGAGAGACGACAGACAUCUGCCGCCACUGCGGAGAGGGCAGGGACACAGCGCAGCACACCCUGGAGCUCUAUCCGGCGUGGGAGCUGCCCCGCUACACUCUGCGGCACGCCAUAGGAGAAACAUUGACCCCCUCAGUGAUUGUAGAAGCGAUGUUGAGAGGGUCACAGGAAUACGAGGUCGUCCGCCUCUUCUGCGAGCGAGUUGUGCUCGCGAAGGAGCGAGCGGAAAGGGAGAGAAAGAAAAACUCUCACCCUUGUAGGAUAAGACUAUGGAGAAGGAUGGCAGUCAGACAACCUAGAGCCACUCCACCGCCACUCCACGGACCACGACGGGAAGGAGCGACAGCGCUAGGGGCAAUGAUCCCGCCGCCAAUUCAAUAG